UUCCGGUGACCGGUCAUGUGGGGCAUUGGUUAGUAUAAAUAGCGAGACAACUGCGUUCUUCAUCAACCUCAGUCAUUUGCAGUUUUCGGAAGGUCUGGUCUGGUUCCAGCGAGUGUCUUCACCUUCAAAUUCUCAACCUCCAUUGCACUUGCUCCAGCUUGAGAAAUGGCAGAGACCUUUCUAUUCACCUCUGAAUCUGUAAACGAGGGUCACCCUGACAAGCUGUGCGACCAGAUCUCCGAUGCGGUGCUCGAUGCCUGUCUAGAGCAGGAUCCUGACAGCAAGGUUGCCUGUGAGACUUGCACCAAGACUAACAUGGUCAUGGUCUUUGGAGAGAUCACAACCAAGGCCAACGUGGACUAUGAGAAGAUCGUCCGUGACACGUGCCGUACAAUCGGAUUCGUGUCUGAUGAUGUGGGUCUUGAUGCUGACAAAUGCAAGGUCUUGGUGAACAUUGAGCAGCAGAGCCCUGAUAUUGCUCAGGGUGUGCAUGGCCACUUCACCAAGCGCCCUGAGGACAUUGGUGCUGGCGACCAAGGUCACAUGUUUGGUUAUGCAACUGAUGAGACCCCUGAGCUCAUGCCACUGAGCCAUGUCCUUGCAACCAAACUAGGAGCUAAACUCACUGAGGUUAGGAAGAAUGGUACCUGUGCUUGGCUGAGGCCCGAUGGCAAGACACAAGUCACCGUUGAGUACUACAAUGAGAACGGUGCUAUGGUUCCAGUUCGUGUCCACACUGUCCUCAUUUCAACCCAGCAUGAUGAGACUGUCAGCAAUGACCAAAUUGCUGCUGAUCUUAAGGAGCAUGUCAUCAAGCCUGUCAUCCCUGAGAAGUACUUGGAUGAGAAGACUAUCUUCCACCUUAACCCUUCAGGCCGCUUUGUCAUUGGUGGCCCUCACGGUGAUGCUGGCCUAACCGGAAGGAAGAUCAUCAUUGAUACUUAUGGUGGCUGGGGUGCUCAUGGUGGAGGUGCCUUCUCAGGCAAGGACCCUACUAAGGUUGACAGGAGUGGUGCCUACAUUGUGAGGCAGGCAGCAAAGAGUAUUGUGGCAAACGGCUUAGCCCGGAGGUGCCUUGUUCAGGUUUCUUAUGCUAUUGGUGUUCCUGAACCCUUGUCUGUCUUCGUUGACUCUUAUGGAACUGGAAGUAUCCCUGACAAGGAGAUUCUUCAGAUUGUGAAGGAGAAUUUUGACUUCAGACCUGGAAUGAUGACCAUCAACUUGGACCUUAAGAGGGGUGGAAACAGGUUCAUCAAGACAGCUGCAUAUGGACACUUUGGAAGGGAUGACCCAGACUUCACCUGGGAAGUUGUGAAGCCACUCAAGUGGGAGAAGCCUCAAGCUUAAGAGCUGUGAAGUUAGUCUGUCCCGUCAAUGGUUAUCUUACUAAGUGUGGGUGAAUAAUGUGUUUAGUUGUUGUUGCUGCUGCUCAAUUUCUAGGUCUUUAUUCCAUCUUAUCAUACCUAAACUGCUUUAUAUUUUUUUUUUCUACAUACAAUUUUUCAUGUUACCGUGUUGGUGCAAUGAAAGUUUAUUUGAAUUUUGUCCCAAA